AUGCCAGUCUACUCGGUUUCACAUGUGGAGAAUGUCCGUAUUUGCGUCAUUAUGGUAGGCUUGCCCGCCCGAGGAAAGUCCUUGAUUGCUCAAAAGAUUGUCCGUUAUCUCCUGUGGCUCUCCAUCAAGAGCAAAUGCUUCAAUGUUGGUUCAUACCGUCGUCUCUUGACGCUGCGUGAAGAUACUACUUUCGACUUCUUUGACCCUGAAAACGAGGCUGGUCUCAAGGUCAGGCAAGAAGCGGUCAACCAUGCAGUGAAGGACAUGAUGAAGUGGUUCGCCGAGGAGAAUGGUGUUGUGGGUAUCCUCGAUGCCACCAACUCAACAAGAAACAGAAGAUCCCAGCUUCUUAAGUUGUGCAGAGAAAACUUGAUUGAGCCUAUCUUCUUGGAGCUGUGGUGUGAUGACAAGGAUUUGAUCUUGCAGAACAUUUCCGAUGUGAAAACCACGUCUCCCGAUUACGUCGACCUCGACUCGGAGUACGCAACAAACGACUUCUUGGGCCGUAUUAAGCAGUACGAAAAAUACUACGAAACCAUGGACCUGGCUGCCGACGCUGACUUGACUUUCAUCAAGCUUGUCAAUGUCACCUCCCAGAUUAUCGUCAACAGAAUCGAGAGCUACUUGGAGCUGAGAAUUGUAUACUAUGUGAUGAACUUGCAUAUCAAACCCAGAAGUAUCUGGCUAUCGAGACACGGUGAAUCCCAAUACAACUUGACGGGCCAGAUUGGAGGCGAUCUGGAUCUCUCUGAACGCGGUUGGAGAUACGCCAAAAAGCUUCCUGAACUUGUUCUCAAAUCGCUCGGCGAGGAGCACAAGCACACUAACCUUACGGUAUGGACCUCUACAUUGAAGAGAACACAACAAACGGCCUCUUUUUUGCCGUACCAAAAAAAGCUAGAGUGGAAAGCCUUGGAUGAGUUGGAUGCUGGUGAGUGUGAUGGUAUGACUUAUGAAGAGAUUGAAACAGAAUUCCCAGAUGAUUUCAAAGCCCGUGAUGACAACAAAUAUGAAUACCGUUACCGUGGCGGUGAAUCCUACAGAGACAUUGUGAUUCGCUUAGAGCCCAUCAUUAUGGAGUUGGAACGUCAAGAAAACAUCUUAAUUAUUACUCACCAAGCCGUGUUACGUUGUCUUUAUGCAUAUUUCAUGAAUGUGCCUCAGGAGGAGAGUCCAUGGAUGCUGAUACCUUUACAUACGCUCAUCAAGUUGGAGCCCCGUGCAUACCUGACGCUUGUGCUGCGAAUCAAGGCAGACAUCCCCGCUGUGAGCACAUACAAGGAGAAGGGAACCUCGCAGUUGGGCGAGGGGUCUGUCAACGAAGGAUCUGUGAAGAGCCGUGACUUGAUCUCUAACUCAGCUACGUAG